GCCCGGAAGCAGUCGUGUCACUGCUGUGCCAGGUUCAGACCGCACAGCCGAGCGCUCUCCCUGUAGACUGAGUGUGGCCACUGAAGGGUGGGCUCCCGGGCUCCUACAGUUACCUGCCGCUCCACUGGUCACUUCGGGCAGCUUCUUCCGCGAGAAGUAAGGGAGAUCGGGCUGAGCCUUGGAGUGGUUCCCACGGCUGUGGGCGCGACCUCAGUACUUCCUGGAGAGCCCUGUGGGAGCACAGAGCAGGUGCUGGGCGUGGCCCUCACAUUCCUCAGCCCUCACCCCUGCCUCCAGACCUGCCUCUGCAGUCCCUGCCUGACAGCCCAGCUGACCAGAUCCUUCCUUUCAAGAAUCCUCGCGGUCUGCAGUCGGUGGAAAGAUGUCGGUCCUCACUGACGUUUUUAAAUAUAUUGAUCAAAAUCAAGAUCGCUUCGUUGCGAAGCUGGCCAAGUGGGUGGCCAUCCAGAGCGUGUCUGCAUGGCCGGAGAAGAGAACCGAGGUCGCACGGAUGAUGUCAGAGGUCGCGGGCGACAUCACGCAGCUGGGCGGUUCUGUGGAGCUGGUGGACAUCGGGAAGCAGAAGUUACCCGACGGCUCGGAGAUCCCACUUCCGCCCAUUGUCCUCGGCCAGCUGGGCUCCGACCCCCGCAAGAAGACGGUGUGUAUCUACGGGCACCUCGACGUGCAGCCGGCGGCCCUGGAGGACGGCUGGGACAGUGAGCCCUUCACUCUGGUGGAGCGAGACGGUAAACUGUAUGGCAGAGGCUCAACCGACGAUAAGGGGCCAGUGGCCGGCUGGAUGAAUGCCCUCGAAGCUUACCAGAAGGUGACUGAGCUCCCCGUCAACGUCCGGUUCUGCCUCGAAGGCAUGGAGGAGUCUGGCUCCGAAGGCCUGGACGAGCUGAUCUUUGCACGGAAAGACACGUUCUUCAAGGAUGUGGACUACGUCUGCAUCUCGGACAACUACUGGCUGGGGAAGAAGAAGCCCUGCAUCACAUACGGCCUCCGGGGCAUCUGCUACUUCUUCAUCGAGGUGGAAUGCAGUGACAAAGACCUUCACUCUGGGGUGUACGGUGGCUCCAUGCACGAGGCCAUGACCGACCUCAUCACGCUGAUGGGCUCCUUGAUCGACAAGAAGGGCAGAAUCCUUAUCCCUGGCAUUAACGAUGCCGUGGCCCCAGUGACCGAGGAGGAGCAUGCACUCUACGACAACAUCGACUUCGACCUGCAGGAGUUUGCCAAGGACGUGGGGGCGGAGACCCUCCUGCACAGCUGCAAGAAGGACAUCCUCAUGCACCGGUGGCGGUUCCCGUCCCUCUCCCUCCACGGCAUUGAAGGCGCGUUCUCUGGGUCGGGGGCCAAGACCGUGAUUCCCAGGAAGGUGAUCGGCAAGUUCUCCAUCAGACUUGUGCCAGACAUGAUCCCCGAAGUCGUCAGUGAGCAGGUCACGAACUACUUGACUAAGAAGUUCGCAGAACUGGAGAGCCCCAACAAGUUCAAGGUGCACAUGUGCCACGGUGGGAAGCCCUGGGUGUCCGACUUCAACCAUCCUCACUACCUGGCUGGGAGAAGAGCCCUGAAAACAGUUUUUGGUGUUGAACCAGACUUGACCAGGGAAGGCGGCAGUAUUCCUGUGACCUUGACCUUUCAGGAGGCCACGGGCAAGAACGUCAUGCUGUUGCCCAUGGGGUCAGCCGAUGACGGUGCUCACUCCCAGAAUGAGAAGAUCAACAGGCAUAACUACGUAGAGGGCACCAAGAUGAUGGCCGCGUACCUGCACGAGCUGUCUCAGCUGCAGGACUGACGCCCGCUGCCCGGGGAAGGGCACGCCUGGCCAGAGGACUCCUGCCUUCCGCCCUCGCCCUCUCCUGACUUGCUCGGGAAAGUGGAAGCCCCCUCCUCUCCCCAUCCCCCUCUCACCGGCUCAGACACAGACUUCGCAGAACAGACACAUGUGGGCCCAGUCACCUCAUGGGUGGAGUCGGCUGUACCGGGCAGUUAGAGGCAUUUCGUCCUGGGGUCUCAUCAGUGGCCCUGGUGACGGCUGAGUCACCUUCUGGGUGGUUCUCAAAGAUGGUCAGUCUGACGUGGCCUCCGGAAAACAGCUGGGGCCCAAAAGCACAAGUUCUGCAGGAAGCGCUGGCUGCCCUCAGGUGGGGCAUGCAGGGACCCGGUGCCUUCUGCGGUCCACCCCGCCUCUGUCUCCAGUGUGCACUCUUGGAAUAUUUAGAAAGGAAAUGGGGAGAUAAACCAGGGGCAAAAGUGCCGCGAGGGCCGCCUUUCCUGACCCCUCACUUCUCCACAGCUCUGUCCCGUUCCCAAGAUUUUAACCGUCCUUGCCAUUUUCCAUCUUCUCUGUUAGGAGCCCUUGAGGCCUAACCUAGCUGGAUACAUUGUUUUAUCUCAGUCUUUUCUGCUAAAUAAAAAGUAAAGCCAA